GGGGGGGGGGGGAUUCCAUGAAAAAAAUCAAGAUAACCGCUUUCAAGUUUCUCUCUAGUUUAGUAUAGGUCUAUAGAUACACAAUUAUGUUAUCACGUGAUCGAUUAUGUUGGUACACCUGACUGUUCGAAAGGUUUAGCGUAAGUUUAUGCGGUCCGUUGUGGGUGUUACGUUUCUGCAUGGUUCUGUGAAUUUCUGAAAGAUUUUUCCUAAGAAAUUCCUCCUAUUAUCACUGUUGCGCGACAAAAAUGAGUGCCCGACGAAGACAUGCCAAUGAUUUCACAGAUGCUCUGACAAGUUUUCGUCAAAUAAAUGAUGAAGAAUCAAGUCAGACCACAUCUCAGACAAUUUCAGAAGAUGAUUUACUUUCUACAAGAAGUAAAUUAUAUGAAAAUGAUAAAGAUACAAAAAGUAAGAAAACUCGCGCUGGUUCUAUUAUCCUAGCAGGUAAUCUGACCAAUCAACAAUGUAUUUCAUCAUCUGAUUCAUACAACACUUCUGAAAAAGAUACAUGCAGUAACAGACAGCCUUUGCUAAAAGAUAUAUCGAUUGUGUCAGAAGAAUCAUCAUAUCGGACAAUAAAAGCUGACUUAAACAAACGUAUAAAUUUGUUUGAUAAUGAAUAUCUGGAUAGAGAAUGCAGCAGUAUUGAAGAACAAUCUAAUCUUCAUACAACAGUGCCUAAAACUACAGACAGUAAAAAUAUUAAAUUCUGUCAUUUAAAUAAAAACAAGGCUGUGAGACAAUGCGAUUCAAUUAAUAAUCGUCGGCGGUCUAUGUCAGAGAGUUCAUUGGAAAAUGUAACUUCAUGUGAUAAAAAACUUGGGAAAUCUAAGAGCUAUGGUACACUUAAUACGAUGCUAAAGAGGGAUACUAAUUAUAAUAUCAAAGCCAACCAGAUUUUACCACAUUCUACCAAGAUGACACCUAAAGUAAGUCACCAUGAAAAAGUUGAAAUGAUUGUUCUUUCAUUUAAUGCAUUAUCGUUGUCAAAACCUUCGAUUUUAUCAAAUAAGAAGGAUGAUUGCCAUUAUAUAAAAGAUCAGAAGCAUGAUUCUACCAGUGAAGAAAGUUUAAAAGAAGACCUUGAUCCUUCUGAAUUGAAAACAUUCCUACAUUGGCUGGCAGAUAAAAAACCAUUAAAAGAAGCACAAAAGAAGCAUAAGCCACAAACGCCUUUUUUGAGGCGUUUGUCUACAAAUUAUUACAAUUCACCCAAAGCUUUUACAGAGGGAUUGCUAACAAUAAUCGAAGAAUCGGUUAUAAAUAAUGAUUCCCGUGCAUCCUUGCAAUGUUCCGAAAUUAGUUCAUAUAAAUUCAAUGAGGAACUUAAAAAAAUGUGCAAAUUAAUAGAGGAUGAGACUAUUCCUGAAUGGCCACAGUCUCCUAAUAUAUUGACACCAACAUGUACAAGAAGAAAAAGUCAGGAAUCUAAAUCUGAUCCCUUAUGUAAGUUUCAUACUUUAUCUCCUGGUCUAUAUUCAACGCCCACUUUUUCUAGACGAAAUAGUAAAGACUCUAAGAAAAUCUACCGACGAAUGUCGAAGAAUAUAAAAAAAUCAUUGCAUGAUAGCACAAGUACAUUUGAAUCCUUGGAAGCAUAUUGCGAAAAAUUAUAUCCUAAUGAAUACAAAGCUACUUUACAAGAUAAAUCUCAAUCUCCUUUAAAGAAGAAUAUGGAUAAUAUUUUGCGUGCAUGUGACAAUCAAAUGGCCUCUUUGGACGAUUCCCUUAACAUUAAUGAGCAAAUUGAGAAAGCUCGGACAUGUUUCUCAAAUCCAGAUGAAUAUAAUAAUACACCCGAAGCGCAACACGAUUUAUUUUCAGGCGAAAAAUAUGAUAGAAUAAAUUCAAAAAGAUUAUCUGAUGUAUUUAAACAGCGAACAAAAUAUAGUAAGGACAAAAUGUUUGAAUUAGAUGAUCUUGAAAAUACACUUAUGUAUGAAAUUGCAAAGAAAAGACAAAGAUGUCUUGAUACAGCAAGAAUAAUGAUGGAUAUUGAUUCGGAAUCGACAGAAACACAAGAAACACAAGAAACUUAUCCGAACAUUGAGUACACUAGUAAGUUUACAAAUGACGAUAAAUUCUUAAAAACUCUCAUGUACUUAAAGAAGUAUCAAAAUUCUUUGGAAAAGUACAAACCUUUGCUCAAUCAAUUCCAUCAAAUAAAAUCGUGCAGUCCUCGUAUGCCUUAUAAUAAGAAAAAUAUUCGAACCACGUUGAUAUCCGACGAAAAUUUAGGUGCACAUGCACUAUCAACUUUAUCAGGUGAUAAACGAAUAUUACGAACACCAAAGUUUUCGAGAAAGAAAAUUGCAACUCCUUCGUCAACAAAACAUUCUAUUAAUAAACCAGUUGUUUCAAAGCCACGGCUAUUUGUAACUCCUGGAAAAUCACCUGUUAACAAAGGUUGUAAGCCAAAGCGCACAUACUUCCCUGACAUGCCAGAAACGAAGCAAAACAAACCUGAAGUUAAUUCGCACGCACAAAGCAUUUAUCGACAAAUAGGAAAUUAUGAUCACGUAAUAUCGCCAAUUGCAUUGUACAUAAAGGGCAUAGAUUCUCCAGUAAAAAAUCUAAAGCCUAAAACAAAUGAAAUACCACUAACACCGAAGAAAAAGCGAUUUUUGCGAUCACCCAGUCCAAAGUUUCAAUUAUCUCCGAAACGUCCAAGAGAUAAGCUGAUUGGAAUGGCAGUAAAAAAUAAAAAUAUUGCCGAUAACAACUGUACACAUUCAAAAGUGCAUUAUAAACUCCCAUCACAUAUAAAGAAAAUAGGAAAUCGAAAAGUAGGAAAUCGCAUAAACGGAUGCUCUACGAAAGAUAAGGUUGCAAUACAACAUGAAGGUCUUACGAAAUCAGUUCAAAUGGAUUACUUGAAACCAACUGAAACUUAUUGCGGUUCUGCAGAAGAAUUUGUGUACACUGAAUAGAUAAGUCAUAAAAUAGUUAUUCUCUUCUGUACAAAAAAGUUAUUAGUUAAUAUUUUUAUGUUUAAUGUGAUAUUUUAAUUUGAUAACUAGAUAACAACGGUGCUGUAUUACAAAGAAAGAAAAA